GCGGGGUUUAUGACUUGUGGCUGUGGUAACUUGUGACGACCCUACGGAUGCCGCAGUAAAAUUGGUCGCGCUUGCGCAGUCCCGUUCCUCUUUUUCCUGGAAGUGCCCCUAAUCCAUCGCACCAUGGCAGACACUGAUCUUGACUUCACCAUCGGCGAGUCUGGCGCCUCUGCCACCAUUCCUAUGCAGUGCUCUGCCCUGCGAAAGAACGGCUAUGUGGUGUUGAAGGGACGCCCUUGCAAGAUCGUGGAAAUGUCCACCUCCAAGACAGGAAAGCACGGACACGCCAAGGUUAACAUGGUGGGCAUUGACAUCUUCACCAACAAGAAGUAUGAGGACAUGUGCCCCUCCACCCACAACAUGGACGUGCCCCACAUCAAGAGGAAUGAGUUCCAGCUGUUGAACAUCACGGAUGGGUUCAUGUCCCUCAUGGGUGACAAUGGAGACGUGAGGGAGGACCUGCGUGUGCCUGAUUCAGACCUGGGCAAGGAGAUCGAGCAGAAGUUUGCUGCUUCAGAGGAUAUCCUGGUCUCUGUGCUGUCUGCUAUGGGGGAGGAGUGUGCUGUGGCCAUUAAGCAGAUGACCGGUGGCAAAUAGAAAGACAGGACUGACCUGCCCAGGCAACAAACUCCACCCACAACCAGUCUAGUAUUCUUAUUGGUUCUUCUGUCACCAAAGCGACGGCCUUCACAGACAACCUCAAUCAUUCUGUUGUGAUUACUCCUUUGUUUUUUCCCCCUCUCGUUUUUUGGUUUCUCUCUCCGACGCUGUCGGACUGUCCCAGCGUUACUGCGGCACGCUCGCUGUGUUGGCUGGCAUUCUGCCGGAUCACUGAGGUUUUGUUUAGUUCUACAUAAUCUACUAUAUAAAGAAAAGUACUUAUUGGUGAAAUAUAGAAUCUUUUUUUGACUUCUUCCUCAUUCCUGUUUAUUUUUGCCUUCGAGAUGUUUGUCUUGCCACAUACAUUCCUGAAUGUUUAAAAUAAUGAUGGGAUCCA